AUGCCUGCCAAACUCAUCUUCACAGUUUUGUCCAAGACAACCUUGGGCACAACGACAAAGAUCGUGGGGAGUGACCCGACGAUGGGUGGGUGGAACCUGGAGAAAGCUGUUCCGCUGAAGACAGACGCAUCAACAUACCCACUGUGGGUGGGUGAAGUGGAGCUCAACACUAUGGAUGGACAGCGGUUGGACUACAAGUUUGUGAAGGUCCAUCCUGAUGGCUGCGUGGAGUGGGAGCCAGGAAGCAAUCGAAGCCUUUGCUUUGAGAAGGGAGAGAUGCUCGGCACCGUCGGGCCGGUGGGGCAGUGCAAUUCCGUCUUCGGCGUCAUGGACGGAUCAGGCCCAAGGCUUGUCGCAUCAGAGGCUUCGCCGAAGACCUCGCAGACACUGGCCGUGCCGAUGGCGAAAGAGGCGAGCUGCAGCCCAACGCCGGGCUCAGAAGCGGACCUGUACUUCAAGGUGGUUUGCUCCACCACGGGCUUGGGCGACUACGUCGCAGUGGUAGGAUCCACCCAGGAGCUGGGGUACUGGGACACUGGCAAAGGUGUGCAGCUGAGAACCUCGGCCAACGAAUUCCCGACAUGGACCGGUGUGGUGAGAAUGGAUGCGGCCAAGUGCUGUGAAGUGGAGUUUAAGCUGCUUGUUGUUCGCAGCCGGCUCAACGUCGAGUGGGAAGAGAUGCAAAAUCGGCGCCUCUGCAAGGAAGGCGAAGGAACCUGGGAAGUUUCCUUAAGCUACAACAAGCCGGGACAUGUAGUGAACCUGAAGCCGGUGGUGCCAGCAACCUGGCCACGACUUCUUGGACAGGCGCAGGUGGAUGACACAACCAAGGUGGAAGACGAUUCGAGCCCGGAUCUUGACUUGCCCUUGAACCCACAGCGUGUGCUCAUGGAUGAGGACCCCUUCCGCGCCAUUCCACACGAAGCGCUGGAAGCGACCUUCAAGACGAAGGUUAUUGGGCACAUGCGCUCGCUGAGCGCACAGGGGCAAACGUUUGGUGAGGAGAGCGCCCGCAUUACAUUUGGGGCAAUCCGCUUGGAUCCACCACCCCUGAUCUCCAGCUGGAAGGGCCUGAAGGGACGCAUGGACACCUCCCCCAAUCAGGACGCUUUCAGCGUGACUCAGUUCAAGAGCGGCCAUACUUUGGUCUGCGUCUUUGACGGUCACGGGGCUUUUGGCGAGAUUGCCUCCACCCGAGCGGUGCAGACAUUGCCCUUCUUUCUUAUCAAAGAAGGCAAUUUCGGGCAUGACACCAUCGAUGAAUCUGAUGUAGAGAGAGCGCUGAUGAAUGCCUUUGAGAAGGCGCAACAAGAUGUCGUCGCCCACUCCUUGGAAAAUGGUUGGGAUUCACGAACAAGUGGAUGCACCGCGGUUGCAGCCUUGUUUAAGGGCAACCGGAUAUGGACGGCCAACCUGGGAGACUCACGGUGCAUCGUGGGCUCCGAGGUUGACAAACAACUGGUUUUUGCCACAGAGGAUCAUUCGCCGGACAACGAGCCAGAGAAGGCUCGGAUCGAGUCACUGGGCGGCGAGGUGCGUUCGCGCCGCAUAUUCGUCAAAGGUACGAACGGCCCGGGCUUGUCCGUGUGCCGCGCGCUGGGCGACCAGUUGCUCAAGCCCUAUGGUGUUUGCGCAACCCCUGUGAUUGAGCAAACGACUGUGGACCUUCCCAAGAAAGCGUUCUUGAUCCUGGCUACCGACGGUUUGUGGCAGUUCCUGGAUUCGAAUUGCGUAGUGGGGAAUGUCGCCAAGCUGCUUCCAGAAGUUGGGCCAGCUGAGACGCUGCACCGGCUGCAAAAAGCAGCUGUGCGGCAAUGGCGAAAUGCCGAUGGAAAUUAUUGCGAUGACAUCACGACGGUCCUGCUUCAGCUGCAAGGAAGAUGA